AAAUGUUAACUAGAGGAAAGGCUGAAUGAGUGACUGACUGCCUGCCCUCACAACUGAGCACACCAUCCAAGCAGCACCAGCUGUUGAAAACUGGUUGCCACUGAGCUAUGUUGUGGACUAGUUUGCCUAGGCAGCUUGUAGGCAAGGUGCUUCCAGUCCUGGGCACAGUGCUGUUCCAGAAGAGAGAAAAAAGAGGAUUUCAGCUAAGACACUGGCAGCUUCUGUUUUUGCAGCGUGAGAUCUAUCCGCAUCACGACCUUCAGGUGAAAGUGGUGAGAGCCAGAAAUGUCAAGGGCGCGGACCUGUUGUCUGAGGCAGACUGCUUUGUGGAAGUACGACUCCCUACGUCCUCGCCAUUCACUUCUCGGACAAAGGUGGUUCCCAAUUGCAGCCAUCCAGAGUGGAAUAAAACCUUCCACUUCCAGAUCCAUGAUGCUGUGAAGAAUGUACUGGAGCUCACCCUCCUUGAUGAAGAUGUUCUUCAAAAUGACCUACUGGCCUCUGUUAUGUUUGAUCUUGGGGGCUUGGAGCCUGGCCAUUCCCACAGUCACACCUUUCUGUUCAACCCAAAGGACAAAGAGGAACUGCAGGUAGAAUUUCUCCUGGAAAACGGAAAUGUGCCUGCCUCUGAAGUCAUCACUAAUGGGGUCCUGGUGGCCCAUCCCUGUCUGAGAAUCCAAGGCACUGUAGAAGAAAAGACUAUUGCCCUGUGGCAGGAAGAUGGAGACAGGGUGAUACAAGUGUCAGUGCCUGGGGCCUAUGAGAAGAUGCAGUCCUUUCCCAAAUAUCCACCUGAAGAGGAGGACUUUUCAAACACCUUCAUCUUUCAUGUGAACCCUAUCCUGCAAUCCCAGCUGAACAUAGUUUUGCAGCAGAGUCCUGAAAUGGAGACCCAAACGAGGAUACUGGGUAGAGAGGAGAUACCCCUUUCCUCAUUGCCCCUGGACCAGGAGGUGCAGCAUGUGGUGGUUCUGGGAGAGGGGUUUGAGCUGACUCUGAGCCUCAAGGCAGAAAUAAGCUCCAGGGACCUUGAUCUUCGCCUUGGUUUCGACCUGUGCGAAGGGGAGCAGAUGUUUCUGGACAAGAGGAAACCAGUGGUGUCAAAGGCUCUGCAGAAGGUGCUGGAAUUGGACAAAGCCCCCCGAAAUGAUCAGGUACCAGUGGUGGCUGUGCUGGGCUCUGGGGGUGGGACCAGAGCCAUGACAUCCCUGUAUGGCAGUCUGACUGGGCUACAGGACCUGGGUUUCCUGGAUACUGUGACCUACCUGAGUGGGAUCUCGGGUUCUACCUGGUGCAUUUCCACCAUCUACAAAGACCCUGCUUGGUCCCAGACAUCACUACAGGGCCCAACGAGGCGAGCAGGAAACUUCGUGUGUUGCAGCAAAAUAGGAGCCUUCUUGUCUGAUCAGUUGUCCUAUUACAGCCAGCAGCUGAUGGCCCGAGAGAAGAGUGGCCUCAGCGUGUCUCUCAUUGACCUUUGGGGUCUCCUUAUUGAGUAUUUCCUGCAUCAGGGGCAAAACCCAGUCAAGUUGUCUGACCAGCGGGCAGCAGUUGUUCAGGGUCAGAAUCCCUACCCCAUCUAUGCAGGCAUCAACGUCCACAGGAAUGUGUCCAGCCAGGAUUUCGCAGAGUGGUGUGAGUUCACUCCCUAUGAGAUUGGCCUUCCCAAAUAUGGGGCCUUUGUCCCCACAGAGUUAUUUGGCUCCGAAUUCUUCAUGGGGCGGCUGCUUAGAUUUCGGCCAGAGCCCUGGAUCUGCUACCUACAGGGUGUGUGGGGUAGCGCCUUUGCUAUCAACCUGGAUGAGAUCUUCCAGAAGACAAUCGGCUCUGGGAUCAACUUAUUGGACUCUCACAGGAGUAGCAUUAUUGAAAAAGAUGACUGUGAGACCCUACAGCUGCUUAAUCCAGCCCAGUUAAAGACGCAGUUCUAUGUCCCACAAGGCAUUUUCACCCAGACCAUUAUGGAUCUCCUCACCACCCGCUUCACUUCUGGGGAAAACUUCAAUUUUAUCCGAGGACUUUGCCUGCACGAACACUACAGUGAGAGCAAGGAAUUUUUAGCUCGGAAAGCCAACCACCCAGAUACUCUUCCCAAUAAGCUAACACCCAUGAGGGAGUACCUUUACCUGGUAGAUGGAGGCUUUGCCAUCAACUCUCCAUUCCCCCUGGUGCUGCUGCCUCAGAGAGAUGUGGAUGUCAUCUUGUCCUUUGACUACUCCUUGGAAGCUCCAUUCCAGGUCCUGAAGCUAACCGAGAAGUUCUGCCAAGAUCGAGCCAUUCCCUUUCCUCGGGUAGAGCUGAAACGUGAGGACCUGUCAGAGCCCCAGGAGUGUUAUGUGUUUGACGAUGCAGAGGACCCCCGUGUGCCCAUUGUUUUACACUUCCCCCUUGUGAAUCGCACCUUCCAAAAAUACAAGGCACCAGGCGUGGAGCGAGAGACACCAGAGGAGAAGGACUUUGCCAACUUUGACAUAAAGGACCAGAACUCUCCCUAUGGAAUGAUGAACUUCACCUACGAACCAAAUGACUUUGAACGACUAGUGGCACUGAACAGAUACAACAUCCUCAACAAUGCCGAGGUUGUGCGAUCUGCUCUACGCAAGGCCCUGCAGCGGAGGCAGGCUGGGAGAUGAGGGUCCUUUGGGGCUCUGGGCAGCUACUGGGGACCAGCCACAGCAGCUCCGCAGCCCAAGAUGCUUUCAGCUGCUUUAGCCUGGGAGCCUGGUUGGAGUAGAAUCCUCUUCUUGAAUACCUCUCCCUCCAUGAGGCCUGGACUCCUAUUUUAUCUCUCCAGGGACUGGUGGAGACUUUCAAACUGCUUUGGAAAUAGAAGAUGGUUGUGUACAUAUGACGUGAAAAGAAGGUUGUGUGUAUGUGCGUGUACAUGCUUGCAUCAUGUGCAUGUCCAGAGUUGUCAGGCUGAGGGAGAAGGGUUCGGAAAGUUCUUUUUUUUUUUUUUUUUUCCUGCUAAGUGGGCCCCCAUGCAAAUUUUACACAAAAGAUCCCCGGACAGUCAAAGCCUACACUGUGAAGAAGUAAGAACCCUAAAGUCUCCUUGUGGACCUAGCCCAGCAAAACUUGAGAUAGGUUGUAGUGGAAGGCACAUAGGUUGUGGAGUCAGAAGGCCUGGGUUCAAAUCCUACGUGUGAUGCUUACUACCUGAAUGACCUUAGAUAAUUCACUUGGCUUGCCUGUACCUUGAUUUCCUCAUUGCAAUAAUGAGGGAGGUUACCUUUGAAGACUCUUCCAGCUUUAGAUCUGUGAUGUUAGGUAAGAACAAGAGCUCAGGGAGCAACUAGGUGGUGCAGUGGAGAGCACUGACCCUGGAGUCAGGAGGACCUGAGUUCAAAUCCGGCCUCAGACA